AAGGUAGUACUAUAUCACAUUAUGUCCGAAGUUUCAACCCUUGUUAACUCCCAAGGAGUCAAAGAAUUAUCGCAUGAUGAAGUAUUAACUAACUCCAUCGCAUAUCAACAUUACUUCAACAGAUAUAACGAGUUUACCAGCACUCAUAAAUCAACUCUUGACAUCAAGGAACGCCUAUUUCCAAACUUGACUGGCGAUACUCUUGUUGGGCCAGACAAGAUUAACUUAAGAACACCUUCAUUAUAUUUCAUUCAAGACUCAUUUCUUCAACAAGAGCAAGAUAUUGAAGACUCUAAAAAUGAAAAUUUUGCAAUUACUUUUUUCCAUUUGGGUAACAAAUUAUCAGGACAUAAUGGGAUUGUCCAUGGUGGAUUAUUAGCUACUUUGUUAGAUGAAUUAACUUGUAGAUUGGCUUUUUUAAAUUUCAAAAGUAAGAGAGGUGUUACUGCAAAUUUGAAUAUUAACUACAAACAACCAACUUAUACAGAUAAUUUUGUCAUGAUUAAAUGUGAAAUUAUAAAGAAACAAGGUAGAAAAUGCUGGGUUAAGGGAGAUGUUUAUAAAGUUGAUAUUAACGAUAGCAAUAUUGAAGCUAGUGAAAAUUUAUUAACUAGUUGUGAAGUAUUGGUGAUUGAACCUAAAUGGGUUGAAAAGAUCCAAAAUGGAUCUGAGUAGAUGUAUAGUGUAAUAGAGUUGUAUUUUUCAAUAAAUUAUUCCAAA